AUCUGUUGAAAUUGUAUGGUAUUUUCUUUCAACCCGCUACGGUCACUCUGCCACUUUGGUUGUUUAUAAUUUUGUGAGAGAAAUGAGCAAUAUUUACAUCCAGGAGCCGCCCACGUCGGGAAAGGUCCUUCUAAAGACCACUGUGGGCGACAUAGACAUCGAGCUGUGGGCACGGGAGUGUCCCAAGGCGUGCCGGAACUUUGUGCAACUGUGCCUGGAGGGAUAUUACAAAAACACCGAGUUUCACCGGCUUGUCAAGGGAUUUAUUGUCCAGGGCGGCGACCCGAGUGGAGAUGGCACCGGCGGCGAGUCCAUCUAUGGACAGCCCUUCAAGGAUGAGUUCCACUCCCGCCUGCGGUACACCCGCCGUGGCCUCGUGGGAAUGGCCAAUUCUGGCAAGGAUGACAACGCCUCGCAGUUCUUCUUCACAUUUGCACCCACGCCGGAGUUGCAGAACAAGAACACUCUGUUCGGCAAGGUCACCGGCGACACUAUCUACAACAUGCUCAAGCUGGAGGAGGGCAUCGUGGACCACCAGGAGCGGCCCAUGCACGCCCAUCGCAUCGUUUCCACAGAGGUGCUCAGCAAUCCCUUCGACGACAUCGUACCUCGCACACUGGCUAAGCCUGCCACAAAGAGCAAAAAGAACAAGAAGGAACGGCAGGGAGUCAAGAACUUCGGUCUGCUGUCUUUUGGCGAAGAAGCCGAGGGCGAUGAGGAGGAGACCAACGUCUAUGUUAAACAGAACGCUGGUAAAGCUAAAUCCCUGCAUGACGUUACUGAUGACCCUAAACUAAGCAAGGAACCCAUUCGAGUGCCCAAAGUAGAGAAGACCGAAAUCGAGGAGCAAUUGUCCGACGAUUUAAUUGAGGAUAGUGUCAAGGAUAAGCCUUCCACUGCCAGCUCAGAUCUCGUCAAAAUGAAGCUGUCCAAGAGUUCAAAGAGUCGACCAGACAAGAAAGUUAAUGUAGUAGAGGAAAAGACUGAUUCGGAGGACGAAGAGGAUGUUCUGAUGACGCGAGAGAAAGAACAAAGUCGAAAAGUCUCAGAGGAGAAAUCAAAAAUCCGUGAAGAAAUUGCUUCACUCAAAAAGCAGUAUCAAAUGGAUAAGCAGAGCAAGGAUAAACUACUCACGAAUGGACAGGAAAAGGCCGCAAAAUCAACCGAAAUUAAGGGUGCUGCCGAAAACCAUUACAUCAACGAUUUUAUAGAGUCCAAGGAGAAAUACACAGCCAAAACGAAGCUUCAACCCAAAGGACAGUCAAGGGAGGCGUUUACUCUAAGCUUACUUUCCAAAUUCCGCACCAAAUUGGACAACUUAAAGCAAAAGUCAACCUCGGAAGAGUGCGAACCGGAGCCCAAAGAGCUGGACGACCGUUCUGUGGAACAGGAGAUAAUAGGCGACGACUGGCUGUCGCACACUUUGAACUUUAACAGCACGGCUCCCGUUUUGGCCAAGGAUGCUAAUAAAAAGGGUGACGAUUGGUAUGACGCCUACGAUCCACGAAAUCCCCUGAACAAACGCAAGCGAGGAGAAACCGGUUCUAGCAAAUCUAGUUCGAGCAAAUCAAAGUCCAGUAAACGUGAUUUGUAAACGUUUAUUAAAAAUAAAAAUAGUUAUUUUAACAAGUGUUAAUGAUAAAUAA